CACAACUUCCUCAGAAUGGAUCCAAAGGUAAGAUGGCUGCAGCAACAGGAAGUAAAACGAAGAGUCAAAAGACGUGUUCGACGUGACCACCAGUUUGUUUCCUUCAAUGACCCUCUCUGGCCUGAAAUGUGGUACAUGCACUGUGAAGACAAUGACAGUGAAUGCCGGUCAGAAAUGAAUGUUCUGGCAGCCUGGCAGAGGGGAUACACUGGCAAAGAUGUAGUAAUAACCAUCCUCGAUGAUGGCAUAGAAAAGCAUCACCCAGACCUGGCACAAAAUUAUGACCCUAGUGCAAGCUAUGAUGUCAAUGGAAAUGAUGAAGAUCCUACUCCGCGUUAUGAUGCCACCAAUGAAAACAAGCAUGGCACCCGUUGUGCUGGAGAAGUGGCAGCAUCAGCAAACAACUCUAACUGCAUUGUGGGAAUUGCUUACAAUGCAAGGAUUGGAGGCAUCCGUAUGUUGGAUGGCGAUGUGACAGAUGUCGUGGAAGCAAAGGCAAUAGGCACCAGGCCAGAAUACAUUCACAUCUACAGUGCAAGCUGGGGCCCAGAUGACGACGGCCGAACGGUGGAUGGGCCCGGCCCCUUGGCCAAGCAAGCAUUUGAACAAGGCAUUAAAAAGGGCCGCCGAGGACGGGGCUCCAUCUUUGUCUGGGCCUCUGGCAAUGGUGGCAGAGAAGGGGACCACUGCUCCUGCGACGGGUACACCAACAGCAUCUACACAGUCUCCGUCAGUAGCACCACCGAGAACGGGAACAAGCCAUGGUACCUGGAAGAGUGCGCCUCCACCCUCGCCACCACCUACAGCAGCGGGGCGUUCUACGAGCGUCAGAUUGUUACUACAGAUCUGCGGAAGCGUUGCACAGAUGGCCACACCGGGACCUCUGUCUCGGCCCCCAUGGUGGCAGGGAUCAUUGCUCUGGCACUGGAGGCCAACCCUUUGCUGACCUGGCGAGAUGUACAGCAUCUACUGGUUAAAACUUCUCGACCAGUGCACCUCUUGGCCCCUGACUGGAAAACAAAUGGAGCUGGACGUCGAGUUAGCCAUUUGUACGGAUUUGGGCUGGUCGAUGCAGAAGCUCUUGCUGUCGAAGCGAAGAGGUGGCGGACGGUCCCUGCCCAGCAUGUUUGUGUUGGAACCUCUAAUAAGAAACCUUGGUUCAUCCCCACCAACAAGACUCUGCGGACAGCGACUGUAACUAGUGCCUGUGUGGACCACCCCAAUCAUCACGUAGCCUACCUGGAGCACGUUGUCGUCCGAGUGUCUAUCGCACACCCUCGACGGGGAGACCUUCAGAUAAACCUGACUUCUCCUUCAGGAACAAAGUCCCAGCUCUUGGUCAGGAGGCAGCAUGAUGAUUCGAGCGAAGGGUUUAAACACUGGGAAUUCAUGACUGUCCACUGCUGGGGAGAAAGGGCAGCUGGAGAAUGGAUACUGGAGAUCCAGGAUAAGCCAUACCAUGUCCGAAACCCAGACAUGCAAGGGAAGUUAAAAGAAUGGAGUCUCAUUUUAUAUGGAACAGCUGAACCCCCAUACUCCAAUUUCAGCACCCAUCACUCCAGGACAAGAAUGCUCGAAAUGCCAUCAUCUAACAUGGAACUCUCAAAAGUUGCUUUCUUCCAAAAUCAGAUGGAGGUGCUGGAAGAUGAGGAGGAGUACACAGGUCUGUGUCAUACAGAAUGUGGAGACAAAGGAUGUGACGGUCCCAAUGCUGAUCAGUGCCUGAACUGUUUCCACUACAGCCUUGGAAGCCUUAAAACGGGCAGGAAGUGUGUGAAUUCCUGUCCCGCUGGCUACUUCGGAGACAGUGUGCAGCGAAAGUGUCGGCGAUGCCACCGGGGCUGUGAGACAUGCCUGGGCAGGAGCCAGAACUCAUGCAUGACCUGCCGGCGUGGCUUCUACCACCACCAGGAAACUAACACCUGCGUGAUGCUCUGUCCAUCUGGGUUUUACUCUGAGGAGGGUCAAAGACGUUGUCACAAAUGCCAUCAGAACUGUAAGAAAUGCACUGGGGAGAUGGACAGAUGCACAGUCUGCAAAGACGGAUUCAGCCUUGUGGACAGCAGCUGCAUCAUGGGGUGCAGACCGGGCAUGUACUUGAUCAAGGAGCCAGUGCGAUGUGAGGGUUGCCACGCGAACUGCAGGACCUGCACAGGUCCAGACCAAGAGGAAUGUAUGCAGUGUGCCAGGAAUUUCCACUCGCACGAGUGGAGGUGUGUCUCAGCAUGUGGGGAGGGCUUUUAUCCUGCCGAGAUGCUUGGACUCUCACACCGAGUCUGCAGAAGGUGUGAAGAUAACUGUCUAAGUUGUGAUAGCUCUGGAAGAAAGUGUAUCAGCUGCAAAGAAGGCUUCAGUCUGCUGAGUGGCUCAUGCAUUGCAAGUGACCGAUGCCACAAUGCUGACGAGUUCUUCUGCGAUAUGGUGAAAUCCAACAAGCUGUGUGAACACAAGCCAUUUAUACAGUUUUGCUGUCGGACGUGUCUCUUGGCUGGCUAAGCUGAACAUUUAAUAUCUGCCAUCUGGAUGCCCCGUCGUGCCAGUUCCCUAGGACAAAGUUACCCUUUCUUCCCUUCCAGCUUCACCCAGUGUUGGCUUGAGGCUUCAGCUUGCAGUUCAGAUCAUUUUGCCAGCUUGGUUUCCGCAGUGUUACGUCUGGUGACCCUGAGCUUAGGAGCAUCCUUGCCUUGCUCAUUGCAUCUUUACAGAAAAAUAAAUAUGCACCUGGCAACAUGAUUCAUGCACAGAAAUUGACCCUUCCAGUUUGCAUCCAAGCACAAACUUUGUAACACCAUGAGCUUAAGUUUUCCCUGCACCUUCAAGAAGAAAAGGGGAUCCCACCCACCACCCAGCCCCACCUAAAAGAUUGUAGCAUUUCAGGAUAGCUCAUGAAUCCCUGGGAUUGGUAGCAGUAGUGUUGCGUUCUAUUCCAGCGCAAUAAAGGAACGUUGAACAACACUGUGACUGGAAAACCCACCUAUUCUUGCUUUUGAGUAGCAGAGGUGGCCUUAGCAAACUUGCAGACUGGCUGUGACCAAAGAGGAAAUUCUGCAAAUGGAAGGAGGAGGUGAACGUGACCUCUGAUUUAUCCCCCAAGCGUCCAUCUAGCUGUGGGCUGCUUGGUGCAACCGGGCCCUGCAUGGCUGAGGUGCCUGUUGACAACGUAGCCGGGCCAGCCACCCCAAGGACUGAAUUGGAAGCCUUCUCUGUGAAAGGGAUGCUAGCAAAUUAAUAUUUCGACUGCAAGUGCGGGCUAGAAUAAUUUGCUCCCUGCAACAAAAGACCACCCCACCCCUCCCAGGAUUUGCAUCUCCUAGCUUUGAUGGAUGGCAUGUUUCUGGCCGACUGCAGCUUGCUGAGAGAACCUUCCUGUCUGAUGGCAGCUCAGUGACUCCUAGUAAGCAAUCCCUUCCAAGAGACGUUCUGUUUAGCCAACCGGGAGGAAAAGAAAACAACCAAUUUUAUGAAACGGUGUUAUAACACAUUUGAAUGUGUUUGCUAUACAUUCAGACAUAUCUAUCUAGCUAUCUGUAUAC